AUGUUCAACAACACCGGCCUACCCCUUCCGAUCAUCAAGCGGCGUGGCGUGAAUAUCCGAGGUCCCAAAACGCAAGCAGAAGCCCAAGAAAGCGAGCGAGCUGAACCGGCACUAUGUAGCAGUGCAUUGGCCAGGAUGGCCCUGCGUGAGGCCAGCAACACAACUGCAGAGAUCCGACACCCAGCCAGUUUGCAUCCGUCGUUGCACUCAAUCUGGAAAAUCGAAAUAGCCAUGUACCGAUUCGUUGAUGAGGAAGAGCGAAACACAGGUUUCCGCGCCUUGGAUGAAGACCGACAGCCGGAUUGGGACCGCGGGAGCCCGAUGAUCAGUGUAUUCAAGCUCGGCAGAACCACCGGAUCGCUGCUGUACCGAGCAGAAACCGAGCAGCACGAACAGCAUCCCAUUUCACCACCACCAGGAAGGGUGGACGGCCUUUCACCUCCUUCGCGGGAACAGAACGAUUGUCGAGGAACGGCUGCUCUCGCUCAAAAAAGCUUGUGUCCCCAGUCAAGGACGAUGGACAGUGUCCAAGGAACAUGA